AUGGCUAUGCACCCAUCUCCUUCCCCUCACCCCUCUCUCUCCACGCAUGGCUAUCCACCCAUCUCCUUCCCCUCACCCCUCUCUCUUAACGCAUGGCUAUCCACCCAUCUCCUUCCCCUCACCCCUCUCUCUCCACGCAUGGCUAUCCACCCAUCUCCUUCCCCUCACCCCUCUCUCUCCACGCAUGGCUAUCCACCCAUCUCCUUCCCCUCACCCCUCUCUCUCCACGCAUGGCUAUCCACCCAUCUCCUUCCCCUCACCCCUCUCUUCACGCAUGGCUAUCCACUCAUCUCCUUCCCCUCACCCCUCUCUCUCAACGCAUGGCUAUCCACCCAUCUCCUUCCCCUCACCCCUCUCUCUCCACGCAUGGCUAUCCACCCAUCUCCUUCCCCUCACCCCUCUCUCUCCACGCAUGGCUAUCCACCCAUCUCCUUCCCCUCACCCCUCUCUCCCCACGCAUGGCUAUCCACCCAUCUCCUUCCCCUCACCCCUCUCUCUCCACGCAUGGCUAUCCACCCAUCUCCUUCCCCUCACCCCUCUCUCUCCACGCAUGGCUAUCCACCCAUCUCCUUCCCCUCACCCCUCUCUCUCCACGCAUGGCUAUCCACCCAUCUCCUUCCCCUCACCCCUCUCUCUCCACGCAUGGCUAUCCACCCAUCUCCUUCCCCUCACCCCUCUCUCUCCACGCAUGGCUAUCCACCCAUCUCCUUCCCCUCACCCCUCUCUCUCCACGCAUGGCUAUCCACCCAUCUCCUUCCCCUCACCCCUCUCUCUCCACGCAUGGCUAUCCACCCAUCUCCUUCCCCUCAUCCCUCUCUCUCCACGCAUGGCUAUCCACCCAUCUCCUUCCCCUCACCCCUCUCUCUCCACGCAUGGCUAUCCACCCAUCUCCUUCCCCUCACCCCUCUCUCUCCACCCCCUCUCCUUCACUCUCACUCUCUCCUCCGCUCCAUCCCUGCACAACACGAGCAGUUCAACCGGCGGGGGGACUUCCCAGCCAAGGUGGCGGAGGGCGCGUGGCCCUUCUCCUGUGCGCGCGCCAGCCAUGCCAACGGCAUCGCCCUGCCCUAUGGCAUCUACAGCCAUGGCGCACGCGUGCUCUGUGCUGGGGGGGACGAGGAGCGGGAAGGAGGGGAGGCGGGGGAGGGGGAUGAGGUGAAUGGGGGCGGAGCUGUGGUGAUGGCGCAGCUCCAGGUGGGGGGAGGCAGGCAGGAGGGCAGGGGUGAGGGCAAGGGGGAGGGCAGGGGAAAGGGUGUGGGGGAGGGGAAGGGGGAGGGCGAGGAGGGUGAGCGUGAUGACAAGGGGCGUGGGCAGGGCAACAUGGGAGGGGGGUCGGUGCGGCGUGCAGUGCUACUCACAGCCAACGUGUGCUUCAUGGAAGUGCGCCGCAGUAAGCCAUAG